UUUGGAAAUUAAUUUAGUUUCAUUUCAACAUUCGAGACGUUGUUGAGAAAUAGUACAGAGGAAGUGGAAAAAUGUUGAAAAAGGCGAUAAUUUUGCUGUUGAUUUCUUGCAUUUUAUUGCAGUUGGUUUCAACAACGCCCAGACGAUCGGGAGACGAUAGUGAUGAAAGCGGUGAUAGUAGCAGCUCAUCCUCCUCCUCCGAAGAGUCCGCUGAACACCAUAGACUACACAAACGAUCGGCCAGCGAUGAAAGCUCCAGUUCCAGCUCCAGCUCUAGUGAAUCCUCCGAAGAGUCCUCUGAACACCACAGACUAGACAAACGAUCGACCAGCGAUGAAAGCUCCAGUUCCAGCUCCAGCUCUAGUGAAUCCUCCGAGGAACGUGUCACACGCGACGUAUUGUUGAGUGAAUUUUUGAAAAGUUACACGAAAUUUGUCAAAUCCGCAACAAAAAAACUAAAAUCAGUGGCUAAAAAGUUCCUUAAAAACAGACUAGUCUCAAGAGUGGAUGCUAAAUAUGUGGAUGAAGUCAAGCUGAGUUUCACAAAGUUCAUAGAAGCGGAUACUACGUAUGGUAAAAGAACCACUGGGGAUAUUUAUUCGAUUGCAGAGUACUUUACUACCAGCUUGGACACAAUAACCGAUUUCCUUAAGGUGUUGAGCCAAUAUAGUCCACAAGUGUUGAAAGAACCCAAUGCCACAGAAGUACUAAUUCAAGAGGCUCUCGCGGAAUCAGGCGUGGAUGAUUUGAUGAAAGAAAUACUAAGUAUAUUUGAAGAUUUCUAUAAAUCGUUUGGUGAUAAAGUGCGUCAUUACAAGGCGCACCUAUCAGCGGUAGAGAGGGCAACUGAAACGCAAUUGAUCGACUGGUACGAUCAGUAUAAAGAAGCAAAGGGCCUCGAGGUCCAAAUAAAAGUACUUCGCCGCUUCUUCUCAAUCUAUGAAACGAAUGAUGUUUAGUUUAGAAUGUAAAAUUGAAAUACAUUUUUGUGUGAUAUCAAUAUUUUGAUUUGGA